AUGUUUACAGGUAUUGUAGAACAUAUAGGAGAAAUACUUGAAAUUUUAGCUUUAGAUAAUUCAGUUAGUGGUGGAGGUGGUUGGUCAAUGAAAAUCGGUAAAGCUGGACCUGUUUUAGUUGAUUGUAAGAAUGGUGAUAGUAUUUCUGUCAAUGGGACUUGUCUGACUGUGACAGAGUUUGAUAUUUCAGCUUCAUGGUUUAAA